GGGCCUGUCUCCUCCCCCCUCCCAGGGAGGGUGGGGAAGCUGACAUGUAGGGGAGUGAGGCUAGUCCAGAUCUCUUCCCCUAGCUGCAGGAAGAGGAGAACAGACGCCACUGAGUCACUCCAGUGGAUAAGCAAGCACCAGGCAAUCAGAGCAGUGCAGACCCCAGCAGGAGGCUGGACAGGUCACAGGGUCCAGGACAAGCUGUUCAGAGGCUGGGGGUUUUUCAGGUUAACAGCUCCAAAGCUCAGCAAAAGAAUGUUUUCCCUCCUGCUCGCUCUUUCUCUGCUGGAGUGGGAGGCGGCGGCCGGCCUGACAGACAGAGCAGCUCCAGCUGCGCUGGGGGAUUUCACAACUCUUUUCCAGUUGGCCCAGCAAGACCACUGGGAAAACAACGUUAAUCUUACCAGCAUGUCCUGUGAGGAUCUGAGGAACAAGACAUGGACCCGCUUGCAUCUGAACAACAACAGCCUGCAAGCCUUCCCUGCCUGCCUGCCUGGGGGACUGGAGGCCUUAGACCUCAGCACCAACCAGUUGCCUGCGUUGAGUGGCGUGGAGAUAGUGAACUUCCCACAGCUGCGUGCCCUCUCCUUAAGGCACAAUCACAUCCAAGAAAUUGUGUGGGGAACCGGAGCCCUCAGUAGCCUCCAGUUCCUGGACCUAAGCACUAAUAAAUUGUCCUCUCUGCCAUCAUGCCAGACCGCCCACCUGCCAAACCUGAAGUGGCUAUCGCUGGCCGGAAACCCCAUCACUGAACUCCAGCCUCUGGCUUUCUCCUGUUAUCCACAGCUACAGUUCCUGAACUUGUCUGCCACUCUGCUCGGGCGUGAGAAUGGCGGAGGGAUUAGCACGUCAGCCUUUGCAAUGAACGUGUUGAAGGGGGACACCGGGAACAGAGCUAGGAGCCCCAUUGACAUGCUUGACUUGAGUGGGACCUUUCUCGAGAAAAUUCAGCAGGAGUGGGCCCAGGAGUUGGUCAGCCUUAGGUCGCUCCACCUUGCAAGGAUGGCCCAGCUGAAGAGCUUCGAUAUGGGUCUAUUCAAGUCUCUGCCCAGGCUGAGAGAACUGAAUUGCCAGGACUCCCGUGCACUGAGCAGGGUGAGGACGGAGCUACUUGACGAUGCUCCUCAUCUGACCUUUCUCACCUUCCAGAACUGUAACCUGAGUUCCUUUAAUCCUUGGAAUAUCAACUCAUCAGGCAGUAUCAGCAUCAACCUGUAUGGAAAUCCUUUAGAGUGCAACUGUGGACUUUCCUGGCUACUUUCUAAUCCGAAGAAAGUUGUACUGCAAAGAGCAUCUGACACCAUUUGCAACAUAGCCCCAGAAGACGGAGAGAUGCCUUCAUCCUCAUCAUCUCUUUCGCUGUUACAACUCUAUGAUGAAUGCCAGGCCAAGAGAAACACCACAUUCCCCACAUCAAACACUCCUCCUCUCACAGAAGACUCUUCCAACCUUCCCAUUAUCAAUUCCACUACUGUGGCAGCAACGAUGGACUCUACUCCAUUUGCCGAAGAACUUUACAGCGACUCCUUGUCGCCACGAAACAUGGUAAGUAUGAUGCAAACAGCUCAGAUGAAGAAUGAUCCCACAAGUGCGGACGUUUUUUCCAAACCUACUACCGAUCCCACUACUGAAGGAACAGCAGCCACCUCUUCAACAAUUCUGGGAGAGCUUUAUAGUGACUCCUUAACUCAGCAAAGCACUGUGAGUACAAUCAAAACAGAUCCAUUGAGGAGAAAUGCCACAAUGACCACUGCUCUGUUCCACCAAGAGGAAACAUUAUACCAGUCUACUAAUAACCCUUCCUCUGAAGCAACAGGACCAACAGGGACAAACUCUUCUCUUUUUCCUGGCAUAGUAAGUCCAUCUCAGACAGAUCAACGGCCGCAAAACCCCACAAAGGCAAACCCUAUUCCAAAUCCUACCCAUGCUGUAAUACAAGUGGAUUAUGUAGAUGACUAUUACGAUGAUGAUCAACCAAAGGAAACCACAGUUCAACUGAUGAUAAUCUCUUGUGACUAUGACCCCUGCCACCACCUCCAGAAGCCAUGCUCUGAACUUCAGAGGCUGUCCCCAUGUCUGUGUCCUGGAGUGUCUGGAGAAGACACUGUUCCGGAUCCACCAAGACUCAGAGAAGUGUCUGAAAUGACAGACACAUCAGCACAGAUCCACUGGUGUGCCCCCAGUUCAGUCGUUGAUACUUAUCAGCUUGCAUAUCACACCAAAAGCAGCGAGAAGAACCAGACCCUGGUGGGUGAGAUCUACCCCACAGCGAGGCAGCACACACUGUACGAACUGUCACCAGACACCACCUAUUGGGUGUGCGUGAUUGCUUCUAACAAAGCAGGAUCGAGCCAGACGACGAGUGAGAAGAUUUUGGGCAAUUCAUGCACCCAGUUUACAACAAAGCCCAGCUAUAAAUCCAUCUUUGCGGUCUUAUCCCUAGCAAGUGGGGUCUUCCUAAUCACCACCAUCGUAUUGUCUGUGUGCCUGUAUCAGAAAUGUAAAAAGCCUCACGCUGAGCAAUAUGGUACACACCUCAUCUCUUAUAAAAACCCAGCAUUUGAUUACCCCUUAAAACUGCAGCCAUGUAAUUAGUUCCAGGUAGCUUUGUCAACAUCUUUUGCAGUAAAACAUCUUAUAGCAACACAUCUAAGUGGAAUCCAGCCGCUCACUUGGUUACGAGUUCCUCAGAAGGUUGACUUCAUCCCAGUUGUAAUUCCAAUGAAAUUACACUAGGGACAUCUGUGGCUCCGAAUGCUUUGUUUUGUUACAACAGGACACCACCUGGUCUGUUUCUGAGAUCUCAAUUUUCCAUUUCCAAAGAUCUGUGUUUGGGGUGAAGUUUCUCUUUUUAUUAUAAUGUAUAAUUAUUUUCUGGCAGCUGAGCGGGAGGUCCUAAUGAGGAUGAUUUUAAAAUGAAGUGUGGGGGGGGGGGAAUAGGGGUGGCACAACCUGAUGUGGAAGGAGGAAGAGGCAUAGAUAGAAAUGAUCCCUAGCAUGUAUAUAGCGCCUUUCAGCUGUAGAUAUCAGUGUUUUACAAAGGCACAAGGGUUUAUAGAUUUUAAAACCAGAAGGGACCAGUAUGAUCAUCUAAUCAAGCCUCCUACAAAACAGUGACCACAGAAUUUUGUCCUGUGAUUCCUGCAUCAAGCCCCUAAUUUCAGGUUGGAAAAACAUCAUAUCACUAUCCCCCUUGUACAGAUGGGGAAAUUACUAAAAGGAAUGGCUAGAUUUUUUUUUUUAAAAAAGGUCUUUAGGUGCCUAAAGCUGCCGAUAGCUUUUGAAAAUCCCUGUAGGCCCCAUCUGCAUCAUUAAGCACUUAAAGACCUUUAAAAAAGAUGGCUCAAAGUCCACAGCCUUUAAGCUACCUAAAUAGCAAUGCCCUCUUUAUCAGAAAAGCUGUGCACGCACAAAUCUGCUUGCACCUUUGAAAAUCAGUCUACCUUAUUUAGGAGCCUCGCUGUGGAUUUAAGAGCCUGCCUUUAGGCACCCAGGAUUGGAAAUGUGGACCUUUGGGUUUUUUGUUUAAAAUAUCUACUCAGCCCCAAACACUUUUCUUGGAAGUGUCACCAUCCUGCCUUAUUAGUGCAUGUCCCUGGGACGAGGUCUACCUAAUAGCUGGCUGGUGCAACUGGGGCUCAGCUGGGAUUAUUCUCGGGUAACUAGACUGAGCCAUGCUGCCAUGGCCACACUGUUAUUAGACUCAAGCAGAGUACACUUGUGUACAUUUACCUGAAGUGAAAAUUACAGCUGCUGCGGUGUAGCUGUACACGUCUUCCAGCAAAACUAGCGCUCACCAGACUUUACAUCCCUCAUAGAAGCAGAAAAAAAGAGCAACAAGAAAAAAAAAAAUAGCCUGUCAGUCCUUUAUACGCUAUAAAGAAACAAAAAUGACCACAAGCCCAUUUAAAAAAAAAACUUUUGCAGAUCACCUUUAAAUAGCCUAGGUGGUGUAGUGUGUGUUAAGAUGCUGCCAUGCUGGUUUUGCUUCCAUCUUAUUAUUCCACUACAGCAUGCUCCUCUCAAUACAGAUCAUACAUAGCUGUAGGUUUGUACAGAAGCAAAAAGGCAUGAGUGUAAACUCAGAUUUUUGCAGUUGGACAUGGUUUGAACUCAAUAGAAAAAUGCAACUGAAAAACAAAUGAUUGAAAAUGAAGGGUGGGAACGCUCUUGGGGUCCUCGACUGAGAGGGGCCACACACCGACAAUGCCAGCCGACCGCAGUGGGAAUGGCAAAUGUGCAGCACUACUUAGGAUCCAGCCCCUUAAGAACAAGAUGUAAAGAUUUAAUGAAUUAAAAAAAACAGUAUAUUAUAAGCGCCUUAGGGCAAAGACAGUCUCUGUUCCAUGUUUGUACAGUGCCUAGCACAGUGGGAGGUUCUGGCCCAUGACUGGGGCUCCGAGGUGCUAUCACAAUACAAAUAAUAGAAAGAAUGUUGUAUGGAGUCUCAAAAAUGAAAGUAAAUGGCUGCAAUUAUAACCUGGGUCUCAAUCAUUCCACCAUCAAAAGAAUAAAACAAGCAAGUUAGCACCAUGAUAAAUGAUCAAAGCCUUGGAUUGAUCUGCAAAGUGAUACUGAGGUUGACUGGGCCUGUCAUUAUUAUACUGAGGGAGAUAACCGAGUAUCAGUGCAACCUAGCAUAGGUAGAGGUUGAGAUAAGUUCUUAAAAACUGAGAUCCUGUCCACUCCAGUGGAUAUUUAGGAUGAGAUUUUCCAAGAUGCCUAAGGGAUUUAGAUUCCAAUUCAUUUAAUUUACAUAGGAAUUGGGCAUCUAAAUCACUUAAGAAGCUUUGAAAAUCUCAGCCUUAAAUCACCCAAGGCCUUGUUCACAAGAGACUGGAGUUAUCCUUCUAUCUUGAACAAGUAUUUCUCUCCCAUGCUUGUUGUUCAGGAUUGCAAGUGUUCAUUAACAGCCCUUCAUCCUAGAGGUGGCUAUAUAUCAGGGGUGCUGUAUGAAUAUAAUCUGUGAAGCCCAUCUCUUUUGAUGGUAGUUUUGGAGCAUACAAUAAAGUAUCAUUUUUAUUCUGGUACACUAGCAUGUGCUCUGAUGUCAAGAUUGUUGGGUUUUCAUUCUGUAUCACAAACAUUAAUAUAUUUACUAGUGCCUGCCACCACUUUGGGUCCCAAUUUUUUCUCUCCUGCUCCACUCCAGCUGCAAUUAAUGCUUGGCACUGAUUUUUGAUAACUACCCUAUGCCUUGGAGAAUACCUUUUAUACCACUCUGAGUCAUUGAGGUCAGUCAUCCUAAUUAACUUUCCAUAAACCAAACCUAUAUUAAAGGUGACUUGCAAAUAGAAAAAUAGGGAUUGUGCUCUUUUGCAUCUAUGAUAUAGAAAGGAAGCAUGAAUCAUAAUUUUAAUUCUUUCAGGCAUCAUCAGCAAAAUGGAAAAUUUAAGAACCAGCAAACUAAAGUUGUUUUUUUUUUUUAAAAGCUGUUCCACACUAAUAAUUCUUUAUAGAUUAGGCUGAUGUUGGCUCUACUUGUUCCAGCAACAUGCAGCAUGAAGACCUAAAUAACUACUUGUCUGCAGGGAGAGUUUAAACUAUUUCCCCCUGUCAAUCCACUCUCUCAUUAAAAGAGUGAACUUAAAACAAACCAAGGCAGCAUUAAACUGUUUUUCACUACCAUGAAAUAUGGAAAUGUAGUCUCCACUGUAGGAGAGUCACUAUUUGUUCAGACUCUUCAUUUGUAAAAUGGACCAAUAUGGACAGAUUUCAUCCUGACAAAUACAGCCAUUUGAACUCAGUUGCUUUUCAGCUGUAUGCCCCAAGCUGAUUAUUUUUGCACAACAACAAGCUGGGAUGCAGAGUCCAUGAUUGUUCUCAUGGGUAAGAUGGAGUAUCAUUUCUGUACCUUACCUAUGUUUUAUUAGAAGCAGUUAAUAUCCAGAAUAAACAAGUGAAGACAGAAGGAGCAAGUAAUGUAUAUGCUGGAAACAGCCAACAGCUCUGCACUGUUUAACUACUUCAUUUAAUAUAAAUACCUUGGACACACAACUCCAAGUAACUGUACAAUAAGCUAAAUACAAAGACAAGUCAUGAAACGGUGUAGCCAUUUUAUUCAUAAAUGUGCUGAGGCACCUGCAUGCUGACAUGAUCCUUCAAUAGCCUCAACACUUUGCCAUUCCCUUCCAGAACAACAUAUUCAGGUGUACCUCACUAUACUUGAUGGUGGUAAUGAACAAAAAAAAGAAUAACCUGAAUGGACUUUGUCAUCUCUCCAUUUUAAAAUUGUGUUCCUGAAGAAAUACCACACUCUCAAUUAACUAAACAUGCAUUUUGUUAAGAAAAAAACAUUUUAUAUGAUUUGCUUUACAUUUAUCCUUCCGUUGCGUAUAAAACAGAUUUGGACUGCUGUAUAUGGUGAUAGCUAAGAGACAGAUAUUGAAUAAAAUUUAAACCUUGUCUGUGUAUCAUUUCUAUACAAGAUAAAAAAUUAAAAUGUUUUAUAUACAAACCUACAUCUAAUAAAUUCAUUUUUGGUGAUAGAGCACCAUAGUCCAACAUAUAUUACCUAUUUUUCAGUUACUUUACCUCUUGACACCUCAAUUCUUUGCUACUACAUGCAAAACACACCAUAUCUGGCUCCAAAGUAUUUAAUAAGUAGAUUUCAUUACUGUUAAUAUGAAAGGUCAUCUUAUACUUUUUGUGGCUAUCAGAGUAUAAGCAAGGAACAGGCAUUUAAUUCUGUAACUUUAAAUAGUUUUGCCCUAUUCUUUGAUCACAGGUGGUAAAUUGAGAUCAUAACAAACCCUGAUGAACAACGCAGUCAAAGAUAUAGCAGAAUCAUGUGCAAAAUAUGCAGCUUUAACUGUUUCUAAUUAAUCCAGUGAUUUGGAAAAACAUUUAAAAUGCCUUGAUUUUUCUCAGUUCUAUUUACACUGACAUUUCUGCUCCAAGAUGAUCUCAAACUGACCAAGCAGUUUUUAAAAUAGCACAGCAUAGCUCACACAGGAAGUUCAGUGCCUUGGUUUCUCAACCACUACUAACUAGCAGUACUAAAAACAAGCUAUUUAAGAACUCUAUUUAUCGACAUCUAUGACACUACACCAUGAGCCCUAAUGUCACUAGAACCUUCUCUCUGGGGACAGAUAGUUAUCUUGGUAUUUUUACUGAAGAGAAUAAUUCUGAAAUACUGUAUGGACUGUAUUAUUCAUAUCACAACGAAGAUUUAAAAACUUGGAGAAAAAAAAGGCUCACUUUGCUGUAGCUCAGUUCACAAAAGCUUAUGCUCAAAUAAAUUUGUUAGUCUCUAAGGUGCCACAAGUGCUCCUUUUCUUUUUACAUUUCUGAAGGUAUCAUUCCCUAGUGAUUUAAUCCUUUCCUUUGCAGCAAACUAUAAUGUUUAGUAAAUCCUAAUAAGUGAUUCUGUUGUGACAGUAUACCACAGUUUGUCUUUAUAACUCCAUGUGUACUAGUUCUGAGAAGAAAAGGGAGCUUUGUCAGCACACUUUUAGAAUCUAAUAUACUGACCAAUUCUACGUGAAGCAUGCAAACCUUAGCUUCUGAAAAGCAAUAU